AUGGGAGACGUUCUUAUUCGGUUCCUUCGCAGUUCCCUGCCCGAUGAACUUGUUGCCGUUCUCGAAGACGUGCUCAAGGCACUUGAAUCCGGCGACUUCUUAGCCAUUUUCCAGCAACCAGAGGUGCAGAUCUUACUUGGAUAUGAAGAUGACGAUGUCACGAAAGAUUUGAAGAGAGAGAAUUUCGGAACUUGGAGCGAUUACAUUUUCCGCCGACUGGGGCUGAUUUUGUCAAAACGGAGCGAAGAGGCGGAUACACCAAUACGCGAAACAGCAGCGUAUCGUCAGCACCUCUUUCUUGCGGUUGCAGUUGCAGCGCUGUGCGCGUUCAUACAGUCUACUGUUACGGGACCGCCAUUACCUUUCAAAUCUGCAGAUAUGUUGCUGCCGAAAGAUGUCUCUGGAGAUGUUGCACUGCUUAACAAGACGAGAGCAGAUCUGGUUGCGUCGAUGGGCGCGGACGGAAUUGCAGCAUAUAGGCUGACCCCGAAUAUCGAGCUUAUGUGUCUUGCGGACAUGAUUCUAACCUGUCCGCCGGUUCAGAAGAAUAUCGAGGUUUCGGCUUGGGCGAGAUUGAGGGUGAAUUUUGUGCAUCAAAGACUCUUGAGCGAAGUUGCGCCAAGUUUGCAGACUGCAAUCUAUGACGACUUGAAGAAUGUCGAGACGUUAAUUUUGAACUCGGACAAGAGCGAGGAGGUCAAGGAUUUGCAUACAAGUUUCUUGUUGGAAAGAGCGGCUGUCCAUACACAUCAUGGAUUCGACAAGAAAGCGAAAGCGGACCUAGAUCAGGCAACUUCGGAGCGCAAGUUUGAGUUUGCGCUGACGGGACUGUUGGGCAAGAGGACGAAAUUCCAGGAGAAGGAUUACAGUCAACUGCUUGUUCUAGCCCGAAGUGCUGGGUCAGAAACACUUGGGAAGACUGUGGAUGCUCCAAAGCCAACCAACCUAGAUUUAAAUGACGAUACCCUGCACGAAUCAAUCCAGUUCACGGAAAAGAAUUCAUCGAUGGACGUCAAGAACGAGUCUACACUACCAGCCAGUCUCACGGAGAUGGAUCCGUCGAAUCAGCCAUUACUCAAUCCACUAGACUCAGUGAUUCUACUCUCGCUCGCAGAGAGCAUCAAAAAUACAAACCCGGCUGAUGGAAUCACCAGAGAAGAGACGAUCCCGUAUGCGACUCGAGUGUUGGAAGGUGGUAGUUCAAACUGGCAAAUCUACACGCAGGCUCUCCUCGUGCGGAGUCGCAUCGAGGGCUACAAGUCGAGAACUAUGGAACGUGGUCUUCUCCAACUUCAAGCGCUUGUUGACCAAGUCAUUGCGGAGACAUCUGGCGACGCUACUACGGAUGCAGAAACCAAUGAGAAAGUGACAUCCUUCUUGCCUCUUGCAAAAGAUGAAGAAUCUGCAUCGGUAGCCGAUCGACUUCGCUACGUCUUCCCACUUUGUUCGCCCUCGCGCUGGGAACUGGAGGCCGAACUGGCUGCACGCUGGGUGAGUGUCGGUGGUUUACGUUCUGCGCUGGAGAUUUACGAACGACUGGAGAUGUGGGCUGAAGCAGCACUUUGUUGGGCAGCUACGGAGAAAGAAGAAAAGGCACGUAGGCUUAUCAGAAGACAACUCUUCCACGCCACCAAUGGUAACGACGAGACCGCCGAUCUCGAUGCAGAGACAUGGGACGGUCCAGCUCGACAUCCCGCGCCUGCUGAGGCACCCCGACUGUAUUGCAUCUUGGGUGACAUUGGUAAUGAUCUCUCGAUGUACGAGACGGCCUGGGAAGUCUCUGGCAAGCGAUAUGCGCGUGCUCAGCGCUCACUCGGCCAACGUUACAUCGCAAAACGCGACUACGAGAAGGCUGCAGAAGCUUACUCGCUAUCACUGAAAAUCAAUGGCUUGUACCAUCCUGCCUGGUUUGCACUCGGCUGCUCGUAUCUCGAGCUCCAGCAAUUCAAGAACGCAGUCGAGGCCUUCUCACGCUGUGUGCAGCUUGACGAUCACGAUGCAGAAGCAUGGUCAAAUCUUGCUGCUUCCCUCCUACACCUUCGUCCUAAAACUAGAACAGAGGAUGACGAGAACGGCGAAACGAAAAUAACAAAUCACCCGCGCACUGAUGCUCUCAAGGCAUUCAAACGCGCUGCAACAAUCAAACACGAUAGCUUCCGCAUCUGGACCAACGUUCUUGCCGUCGCUGCAUCCACCUAUCCUCCGUCAUGGGCUGACGUCGUAACGGCGCAGACCCGUAUCUGCGAGCUACGUGGUUCCACGGAGGGUGAGAAGUGCGUCGACGCAGAAGUAUUAGACAUGCUUGUCAAACACGUCGUACAGGCGGAAGAGGGCGUUGAUAUCUCCCGUCCAGGUCUGCCACGCAUGGUCAACGAGCUCGUCGAGAAACACGUGAAGCCGCUCAUUACAGUUUCCCCAAAAUUAUGGAGCGUACUGGCAACUCUGUACAUGCACACGCAGCGCCCCACUUCUGCAUUAGAAUGUCAUGAGAAAGCCUGGCGCGCUGUCACGAGCCAGCCGAAAUGGGAGUCCGGGACAGAGAAGCAGUGGGAUGUUGUAGUGGAUCAGACGAUUGAUCUCGUGGAUGCAUAUGAGACUUUAGGUCCGAGGGAGCGCAGUGAAGGGUUGGCGGCAGGAAGCGGUGAGUUGGUCGCAAAAGAUUGGAAAUUCAAGGCGCGUAGUGCGAUACGCAGUGUCAUGGGCAAGGGGAAGGAAAACUGGGAAGAUGGUCCGGGGUGGCAAAAGUUGAGGGAGAGGAUGGAUGAGUUGAAGAACAGAGAGUGA